AUGAUGAGAAAUUGCAACUUAGAACUCUGCCUUUUUCCUCAACAUGUUUCUCAUAGCAAUCACAAUCACAAUCACAACAGUCGCAUGAUUGAAGAAGAAGAAGAUAGUGAUCAGAGUUCAAUGCAAAAUCAGCAACAGCCACUGACUAUUUUCUACGAUGGCAACAUGUGUGUUACUGAUGUCACAGAGUUUCAGGCCAAAUCAAUCUUAAUGAUGGCGAAUAAAAAUGUGCAAGAAACAUUAAAGACAUCAACACCAACAGUAGUACAAUCUCCUCAUCAAUCGUGUAGCCCUGGUCCUGCUCUUUCAAUGAAAAGGUCUUUGCAACGGUUUCUUCAGAAGAGAAAAAAUAGGAUUCAACAAGCUUCUCCAUACAAUCAUUAG